AAGAGAGAGAGCUGGCUUCAGUGGCUAGAGCAGCGUAUCCCGGCAUGUAGGGAACUUCAACAAUUCCCCUAGAAAAAUCCCCAAAAGGAACAAUUUAGAAAAUCAGGGAAAAGGUGCGAAAAAUUUCCCCUUCGAUGAUCUGGGGAUUUCUCGUGCAAAAAGGGGGAAAAUUAGUGCUUCUAGUCAAACGCGUAUUUUUCCUAGUGUUAUAAUUGUAUAAAUAUUAUUACAGUGAUUUAAAACUAUUUUUGAUACUAGUGCCAAAGAGGAGAAGAUAAACUUUUUUAAACACACGUGAACUUUUCUAGUCAAUGGAUGCAAAAUUUUGAGAUUCCAUCAACGGAGAUAUUUAUCUAUCUAUCUAUACAAUCCUAUAUGCCUUCAAGUCCAUGAACAAUACAAAUCUAAGCCUUAUAUGCAAGUCUGAAAUUUAUUAAGUGCUAAAAACAGAAUUGUACAAAAAGAGAACUUUCUAGAAUAUCAUCACUGUAAAAACAAUCCUUCCACGAUUAUAUCAUCAGCCGCUGCUACCUGUUUCGACCAAGUAUUGUGAAACUAUUUAGUGCCAUCUUCUUGUCUUGUUAUCGCUGACACAAAAGUAUUAAUUAAGUAUUAACCCUACUAUGAUGGAAGAUUCCGACAUCUUAACCCUAGGGUGGGGCUGUGAGGCGCCCCCCUCCUCUCAUCUCUGGCAUCCUGGCUCAGGAGAAGAGUUCGUCACCUUAGAGGUGAACGCCCCCACGCCUCCUGAGCAUGCUUCAGACUACGCUACACUAGAGGUCGCGAAGGAGAGAGAUCGUCAGUUCUUCAAUAGCUGUAUUACAUUAGAUAAACCACAGGAUUGGGAUAUCCUGAGAUUAGAUGAUCCAAGAAACCUUCUCUCCACUUCCCUCUCCAACCCAACCUUAACCCUCUCCACCACAUUAUCCAACCAAACCCUACACGCCCCAACCCCAACCCAACCAAUAUCAUAUCAAGAAUUCUUCAUUGAUACCAUCCAACCACAAACCUUUUCCCCCUACCCACAUCCUCAGAUUCACUACACCCCCACCCAACCAUCCUAUCAAACAUAUCAGCCCGCCCCCCUACCCCAACAUACAUACUAUUCACCAGAACUAGACCUUAAACGCCAUACUGUCCGAAACCCCGUGAGCGGGAAAUUUGUGCGCACGGGUGUUGUAAAGCGUCAGGAGCGCAAGGAGCGCCGGCCGCCGGUGAAGAAGCCGAAAGAGGAACGUGACGAAGAGCCGGAAUACGCGCCGGAGGUGAUUGCCAACGCGCAUCUUACCAUGGAGGAGGAUUUCUAUGUUUGCUCUGUGUGUAAGAUGAAGUUUAAACAGCCCGGAAAUGCGCGAAGACAUAUCAUAACUGUACACAGGAACGAGAAACCACAUAUCUGCUUGAAGUGCGAUGCAAGGUUUGGGAGAAAGGACAAGUUGAAAACGCACAUGAUGCGUAACCACGGAUACAGUAUUGAAGAUAUAAAGGCGACCUUUAAGCAUUCAGGCCAGGGAAGACAGAGAUCAAGUAUUCUAGUCAAUAGGGAUAACAGGAAAUCUACUGAGUCCAGUAGCUCUGAAGAUGGAGGGGGAGAAUCCAACCCUUUAAAUAUGAAAAAUAAUUCUGCCAGAAGAUCCAAGCAUUUCAAUCCUCUCAAGAAGAAGAAAGUAUAAAGACUAGAAUUUAGAGCUUUUAUCCAACUGCGCUGCGACCAAAAUAGCACUGCGGUCAUUACCGCAGUGUUGCGACCAUGAAUUCGGUAGCACUUCGGUCAUUGUGUACAGUGUUGCGACCACAAUUGCGUAGCACUGUGCAGCGACCACUAUGCGGUAUCUUGCCGCAAUAUUACGACAGCAAUACUGUAGCAAUGCGGUCAGAACGUUUGACUUACAGGGUGUCUCAAUAAACAUGUCAAUUUUAGCGUCAUUCUAUGCAAAACGGAAAAUAGGAAAAUGUUUCUAAAAUUUAAAUUGAAUUUAAAAAAACAUAUAUACCAAAUAAAAAACCGUCUCUAAGUGAAUUGUUAAAACAGAUUCACGAUUAAAUUCCACGUGGAUUGAGGAUGAUUUGUAUGUCGCUAAUAAAUACCCAUGCUUAUUGCCCCUCCCUGAUACUGCAGUGUUGCUUUAAGGAAUGGGUAAAGUUUUUUGGUCAGUUUUUAACCUUUAAGUUUUUUUACCUUUAAGGGACUUAAUUCUCGGUAAAAUUUGUUAUUUACAUUAUGCAAACGUUUUUCUAAACGAAUGACUCAAAGCGAAGCGAUUCUACUCUUUUAUAGUUUAGAUUAAAAAUUUGCAAAAUGUAAUAAAUUUAACUUAUAAAAAAUUAAAUUUUGAAUAAUGAAAAACAUGUCAGAUCUAUGAAGAGCCCCUAGAAAGUAACAAAAAUACACUGAACGUUAAAAACGGGCCAAAAAAAUAUACCUGUCUGCUACUGGUUAUAAACGGCCAGGUCCAGUGCAAUGUAUUCAAAUUAUAGUAUUCGGAACUGUACUGUAUUCAUUUUUAAUAUUUACAAAUCUUUUUUUCACAAAUUUAAAUAUAUAGUUUGAAACUGUUGUAUCUUAA